CAAUUGUGGUUCAUUUGUCUAAACAAAUGAUUGUGCUGUAUAGUACUAGAACAAGGAGCUAUUUAUGCUUACAGAAGUUCCGUCGGAGGGUGCAGGAAUCUACCAAAGUGCUGAGGGAGUUGGAGAUCUCUUUAAGGACCAAUCACAUUGGAUGGGUGCGUGAAUUUCUCAAUGAUGAAAACAAAGGCCUGGAUGUGCUGGUGGACUACCUCUCGUUCGCUCAAUGUGCAGUGAUGUUUGAUUUUGAGGGUCUGGAAAAUAGCGAGGAUGGAGCUCUAGAGAAGCUGAAAUCUUGGAGUAGGUCCAUAGAGGAUCUGCAGCACCCCAGCACCCUGUCUGCUCCCUACGCCAACAGUCUUGCUCGCUCUGCGCGCCAGUCUGCUCUCCGAUACACCACCCUUCCCAGCAGAAAAGCUCUGAAGAACUCACGGCUGGUGAGCCAGAAAGAUGAUGUGCACGUGUGCAUCUUGUGUUUACGAGCCAUCAUGAACUAUCAGUAUGGAUUCAAUUUGGUCAUGUCACAUCCUCACGCUGUUAAUGAGAUUGCUCUCAGUUUGAACAAUAAAAACCCCAGGUAAGACAACUUUAUACGUAAUGAGCCUCAUGAAA